UAGAGCCAUACAUACUCUUCUAUAUAAAGGCCACAAACCAGCAUUCUUCAGCACAAGCUUCUUCUACAUCAUCUGUUGAAUAAUAUUUGGUUCAUGAUAUCAUCAAGUGAGGCAACAAAAAUGUCUUUUGUUGGUAAGUUGGAGGUUGAUGUAGAGAUCAAGGCUCCUGCUGCUGAGUUUCACGAUGUUAUUAGCGGCAGGCCACAUCAUAUUUCCAAGGUCAGCCCUGCUCACAUUCAGAGCUGUGAAAUUCAUGAAGGUGAAUGGGGAAAGCCAGGCUCUGUCAUCUUCUGGAACUACACCCAUAAUGGGGUUCCUGAGACUGCAAAGGAGAUAAUCGAAGCCAUAGAUAAUGAGAAAAACUCAACCACAUUUAAAGUGAUUGAAGGGCACCUACUGGAGAAGUACAAGAACUUCGUUGUUGUGGUUCAAGCCACUCCAAAAGGUCAGGGCAGCUUGGUGCACUGGACUCUUCAUUACGAGAAGCUGCAAGAAAAGAUUCCAGAGCCCCAAGGAAUAGUUGAGUUAGCACUGGCUAUGACCAAAGAUAUUGAUGCCCAUCUUACCGGGCAGAAGGCAUAGACCUGGCUAAAUCUAAAUGUCAUAUGUAUUACUGUGUUUUCUUGAGAGUUGUGGCAGCUACAAUAAGUGCUUCUUUGGGAAGUAGUUGUGCAAUUGGUGUGUACAAUAAGUGGUUGUUUGUUUAAUAUGAAUGAAAUGAUGUUGUAUGUGUGUUA